AGUUAACUAAAACUAAAAGAGAACUAAAAAUAUUACUUAAAAGGGAGAAUUAUAAAAUAGACAUGAAACUAAAUAUAUUAUUUGAAAGGGAGGGCUGAGGUUUCAGGGUCAGAGUGUGCUACUGAUAUGGAGAGAGACUUAAGUCAGUGACGUAAUGGUUGCGGUCCCACAUGGUGACGUCAUCAACCGAUGCUUAUAUAUUCGGCGCUCUCACGCUCUACGCAUCAUUUGGAAUUCGGUGAACUUAGCGAAGCUGUUUACUCCGGCCUGAUUUCAGUGUAAUUGUUUAAGUCAUGCAUUUCUUCAGGUAUCUUAGAUGCUUGUUCAGUGUAACGCGCCAGCCGGAGAUCGAUGACACGGACAUACUGAAGGCUCUGGGCUAUGAGGUGUUGGAUGAGCUCGGUUCUGGGUCUUUUGGCACCGUUACACUGGCCAAGUCAAAAAAGCAUAAAAAAAACUUGGCUAUUAAAACGAUGGACCGCAGGUGGAUGAUAGUGAAGUUCAGUUCUUCAGUUCUGAAAGCGGAAUUGGACACCAUCUACAGACUGACUCACCCGCACAUCGUGUAUAUUUAUGAAGUGAUUGAGGUGCGCCAUGGACAGGUACAUAUCGUAAUGGAAGCAGCCUCCUCAUCUCUCGUCGAGGUAAUAGAAAAAGGGCCAGUCGCCCAUAAAACAGCUAGGCGGUGGUUCUCUCAGAUCGUCAGUGCGUUGAACUACAUGCACGAGCAGGACAUUGUCCACCGUGAUCUAAAGUGUGACAACAUCCUCGUGACUGCAGAUGGCAAUGUCAAAAUAGCAGACUUUGGAUUGAGUCGCGUAACAAAAGGGCUGUGCAACUCGAUGGUUGGCACCCUGUGGUACGUUUCACCUGAGGUGAUAAGAGAAAAGAAAUAUGACGCCAAGAAAAGUGAUGUGUGGAGCCUGGGGAUCGUUCUGUACGCCCUGGUCACUGGGGAGCUGCCCAGCUAUUCAGAUGACUUGGAACAGAUUGCAAGUCCGAAGCUACCAUAUACCUUUCCAGAUGACGUCGAAGUGGAAGAGUCCUGCCGUGCUUUAAUACUGGAUAUGCUGCAGUUAGAUCCGAGUGCUCGGCCCACUGUGAAGAAGGUGUCAGAGCACCCUUGGCUGCAGUCUGACGUGAAGGACACGCCCACUUCUGAAGAAGAAAGAUUAGAAACGCCCACUUCUGGAGAUAAACGGUCUGAAACGCCCACUUCUGAAGUUAAAAAGUCUGAAACAUCCACUUCUGAAGAUGGAAGUUCUGUAAUGCCCACUUCUGGAGAUAAACGGUCUGAAACGCCCACUUCUGAAGUUAAAAAGUCUGAAACAUCCACUUCUGAAGAUGGAAGUUCUGAAAUGCCCACUUCUGAAGACGAAAGAUCAGAAACGCCCGCUGAUCUGAAAGAUCACAGCAGUGGAGCUUCAGUUGAGUUAAUGUGCCCAUCAUUAGAGGUUGUGCAAGAAGAUGCUGGUGCUAGAAUAACCUGCCCAGCAGUAGAGGAUGUAGAGGACACCGGGUGUGGCUGCUUCGGACGCAUUCCACCAUUUCAGGCUGCAGUUAAAAGGAGAGGAGCUGCCUGUGCUAAAGCCUUCCGGUCAUUCGGACGGAGGGUGAAGAAGUUUUUCCGCCGCAAAAUCCUGUUUUUUUGUGACGUUUUAAUUUAG